AUGGUUAUGCGGCAAUGGAUGUUACUUGGGAAUAAGAAGCGUAAGCAACGACAAACACGUAUGCGUACUAAUGCUGCUGGGCGUUGGAAACAGCAACGUGUUCGUAAAUUACGUGUGCAACAUUUGCUAAAAGAAUCAUCAUCAUCAUCAUCAUCGGCAGGCACAACAUUAUUGGACCGUUCGGAUAUUUUGAAAGGAAAAUCGCUAGCAUUUAUGCAAAAAAAUUUCAACAAUUCAGCAUCUAAUGAAGGAGAGGAGAAAAUUAAUAAUGACGACGAAGAUAACAAUAAUAAUAGCAAUAAUGGUGUAUCAAAUGCUGAUUAUUUUGAUGCUAUUGUUCAUGCAAUUAUUCCAGGUCCCUUAGAUAUUCCAGCACUUUAUCGUACUUAUGCUAUUUUACCAUCAUCUGAUAUGAGCAAAAACUUUACAUCAUUAUCAUCAAUCAAUACUGAUAAACAAACAUCUGUUAUUAGUACAACAAUUAAAUAUUCAUCCAUUUUAACUAGUAAAAAUGCUGCUACAAUUACAACUAAUACUAAUAUAAUUGCUACAACAAUAAUUCCAACUACAAAUACACUAGCAAUUGUUAAAAUUACUAAAAUUCCAUCAUUGGUUAGUGUUAAAUAUACAACAACAACAAAUUGUACACUCUAUAGUGGUAUGUAUUGGAAUGUAACAACAACAGCAACAACAAUUAAUAAUUGUAAUUCUGAUAAUGCUACCAUCUAUCCACCGACUAAUGUUCGAGUUCAAGCAACCUCAAAUACAUCAGCUGUAGUACAAUGGGAUUUGGAUGAUGAUAAAAAUGUAGACGGUUUUGUGAUACGAUAUAUACAUGAACCGAUUUUCGGACAGCGAGAUAAUGAACGAUGGAAAACAAUUACGGUUAUGAAUCCAUCUGCUAGACAUUUGCAUAUCUCACAACUUACAGCACAUAAACCAUAUGCAUUUUGUGUUUUGGCUAUUCGACAAAAUAGACAGGGUAGCUGUUCGGAUCCACCAAUAACAAUCGAUCGUUUACAAGCAACACAUAUGGUAUCGAAUUUAAUGAUAGCAUGGAAGACGAGUAAUUCGGUUAUGCUUCGAUGGGAAUAUAACGGUCCACAACCGAUCGGUUUUUACGCUAAUCAAACAGGACAAAAAGAUUAUUUGGAUCAAAAUUUACAAUUAAAAGGGAUGAUUUCACCGGGAUUUCGGCAAGAUCUUGAUGGACAUCAACGGGAAUAUUUAUGGACAACAUUACGACCAUAUAUGGAAUACACAUUUCACGUUGGUGUACGUGAAUUACCACCAAUUGGAAGGGAAUAUUGGCCACAAGAAGUGAUUGUUCGAACGGAUCCCACUGGGCCACCAUUUGUUGACGUACCUGAAUUUAUCGCAUCAAAUGAAGCCACUACUGCGCUUAUUCGAUUGAAAUGUGCCAGUGAGGAAUACGGGCCAAUCAGUCAUUAUUGGCUUAUUGUUUUACCUGGGAAUUUUACUCAGUUUAUUUUUAUCAUUUAUAAGGAUGAUGUAUUAAAUUUGGAUUCAACAUCACUCCAAAAAAGUACGACAAUGAUGCGUCCAAAUCAAAACAAAAAUUAUUAUGGGAAAACAGUCAAGAAAGUUCGCAAAGCAAACAGAGAACGUGAUUACAGAAGGCGCUAUUUGCAUGAACCUUCUGCUCUUCGAGGUGCAUAUAUCGCGGCAGGUAUACCGGUACAUGAAAUGCAACAAAUACAACGUAAUAAUCAUCUUUUUACACUUGGUGAUGGACGGAUGUACGAUGGCUAUGAUAAUUGGCCUUUAGAUAGUAAUACUAAAUAUCGUUUAAUGAUGCGCGCAUUUGCUCGUGAGGAUGUAUCGAGAAAUCCGGAUCAUUCGUUUGAAUUUCGCGCUCCAAUUCAAGAACCAUUAGCGAAACGUUAUUCGGAUUCAAUGCUUAGUGAACCAUUUUCUACCAAAGUUGCUGUACAUAUUCGUGAUGCUAAAGCAUCGAAUUUAUGGCUCAUUGCGCCACUUGUUGCAAUUUUAAUUAUUGCAAUAAUUGUUGGGAUGCUAGUCAUUUGGUGGCUUCGUUGUAAUCGUCGAAAUAAUCGUCAUAAAACUCCUCGCCAUGGUUCUAUUUCAAAGAUUGCUUUAGCUGGCAAUACAAUUCCAAAUGAAACAUCCAAAUUGCUUGUUUCCGGUGAUGUUUACGGUCGUCAUAUAGUUAAUCCGUAUGAUCAGAUGAAUGGAAAUGGUGGUUGUACGAUGGAUUCAACCGUUGAUAUGUAUCCGUUACAUCAAAGUCAUAUGAGUGGUGCAACAUAUAAUACCUCAUUACCUGUACCAAUAUCCAUAUUGCCGUCAAGUGGUGGCGCUGUUGGUGGUCAUUCUCUAACCCAUCUACCAAUUCCAAUUUCUGAACUUGCUGCACAUAUUGAUAAAUUAAAAAUGAAUAAUAAUGCUUUAUUCUCACAGGAAUAUGAAAGCAUUGAAACAGGUCAACAUUUUACCUGGGAAAAUUCUAGUCGACCAAUAAAUAAAAUGAAAAAUCGAUAUGCAAAUGUGGUUGCAUAUGAUCAUUCACGUGUCGUUCUCAGUACUAUUGAUAAUAUCGAUGGUAGUGAUUAUAUCAAUGCUAAUUAUAUUGAUGGUUACGAAAAGCCAAAGGCAUACAUUGCAACGCAGGGACCGUUACCGGAAACAUUUGCGGAUUUCUGGCGAAUGGUUUGGGAAGAGAAUACGGUAACGAUCGUAAUGCUAACAAAAUUGGAGGAACGAUCACGAAUAAAAUGCAGUCAAUACUGGCCUGCUCGUGGAUCAUCUUAUUACGGUCAUAUACAGGUAACAUUAUUGGAAACAUUAGAGCUAGCACACUAUACAAUUCGAACAUUGCGAUUGCAACAUCGAGGUGGUAGCAAAAUACGGGAAGUAAGACAUUUGCAAUACACAGCAUGGCCGGAUCAUGGUGUUCCGGAUCAUCCGACACCAUUUCUAAUGUUCUUGAAAAGGGUGAAAACUUUAAAUCGACCGGAUGCUGGUCCACUCAUAUCACAUUGCAGCGCUGGAAUUGGUCGAACAGGUGCCUUUAUUGUAAUUGAUUGUAUGUUAGAACGAUUACGGUACGAAAAUACUGUGGAUAUUUAUGGUUGUGUGACAGCAUUACGAUCGCAACGAUCUUAUAUGGUUCAGACCGAUGAUCAGUAUAUUUUUAUUCAUGAUGCGGUACUGGAUGCGGUACAAUCCGGUUCAACAGAAGUGCCUGCUAGCAAAUUAUACACCCAUGUACAAGCAUUAAUGCAAAUUCAGCCAAUUGAUCAGGUUUCAGCUAUGGAACUUGAAUUUAGGCAUUUGGCAACAAUGAAGAUGUCAAAUUCUCGAUGCAGCAUUUCAAAUUUGUCAGUAAAUCGACCAAAAAAUCGCUUAAUCAAUAUGGUACCGUAUGAUUCAUCACGUGUUAUUUUACGUCCAAUUCCGGGUGAAGAAGGAUCCGAUUAUAUCAAUGCCUCCUGGAUUGAUGGUUACAGACAACGUGAUGCUUAUAUUGCAACACAAGGUCCAAUGCCUCAUACGGGUUAG